CCUGUACAUACAGCCCCACCUCAGGGUAGGAUGUGAGUAACAAAGGGGUAUACCAACGUUAUGAGCUUAUCGGCGCUUUCGCGUUCUGUUGCAGUAGGCUACGCUUCACUUAAAAGGUCCCAGCUUAAAUACCCAUACGUCGUAAACUGCAAAAAAUUUUGUUAAAAACUAGGUGCGGAACACGGGAACCGAAUAUUACCCCAUGCAGCACAGGUGCGCCCGGAGGCCGAACUACACGGGAGUGGGAGGAACAGCAACACAACAAGGAAUUGCGCCAACGCAGGUUAAGUCACGCGCGUAACUGCGAAUGGAGACUUGACUGGAAUUAAGAACUUUGCCGUCAACCUGAAGACUCGCGACGGAGAGAAGGACUAAAGCAAACAAUACAACUCAUCUAGCUGACCGCACUCUUAGCACAUCCGACCGAAAUAUGAGGAGAACUGGAUAUACAGGACUCACCAGGACUGCCAGUGGGAAGUUGAGGAGGACAGAGCCAUUUAGUCCCAACAUUCCCACUCUGAAGCGGUCGUUCGAGGUGGAGGAGGACCGCGACGCGACCGCGCACCCCUCCCUGCACACGCGCCGGGCCACCAGCCUGCGGGCCACCUUCUCGCCCACGGGCCACCUGGGGGCGCGGAACUCGGACCCCGCCGGCCUGCGGCGCACGGACCUGGCGGCCGGCCGGCUCGCCGACCCGGGGUCCCGGCGCUCGGAGAUCUCCAUCGACAUCUCGUCGCGGCAGGCGGACGGCGCGGCGGCCGGCGCCGCGUUCUCCCGCUUCGGCCUGAAGCGCCCGGACGUCCGGAACGCCGACACCCCCCUCCGCCGGGCGGAGCCGGCCGUGGUGCGCCCCCAGGAGCCCCCGACGCCGCCCCGGCGGGCCGACCCGCCCGCCGCCUCCCUCUCCCGGACCUCGGACCCGCCCCUAAAGAGGGCGGAGCCUCCCAGCCCGGCGGAGGCGCCGCCCCGGCGGCUGGAGACCCUCCUCAGCAACAACUGCGUGGCCCCGCCCACCGCCACCGCCACGGCCAAUCACACGGAGCAGAAGGCUCAGCCGCCAACACCCGUCUCUGAGGUCAUCACUGCCGCAGCGAACCGAUCAGACGUCAUUCCGAGCUACAACAGCGCCAUGUCAGAGCCCGUCAAGCCGGCAGUGCCCGCGGCGUGCCCGGAGGUGCCCAGCGUGGACUUCAGCUACGUGGGCAUCGACGCCAUCCUGGAGCAGAUGAGGAGGAAGGCCAUGAAGCAGGGCUUCGAGCUCAAUAUCAUGGUUGUGGGGCAGAGCGGCCUGGGCAAGUCCACGCUCAUGAACACGCUGUUCAAGUCCAAGGUGAGCCGCAGGUCUGUGCUGACCACCACGGAGGAGAGGAUCCCCAAGACCAUCGAGAUCAAGUCCAUCAGUCACGACAUUGAAGAGAAGGGGGUCAGGAUGAAGCUCACUGUCAUUGACACUCCAGGGUUUGGGGACCAGAUCAACAAUGAGAACUGCUGGCAGCCCAUAAUGAAGUUCAUUAAUGACCAGUAUGAGCAGUACCUGCAGGAGGAGAUCAACAUCAACAGGAAGAAGCGCAUCCCAGACUCCAGAGUGCACUGCUGCAUAUACUUCAUCCCCCCAACAGGACACUGCCUGAGGCCGCUGGAUGUGGAGUUCAUGAGGCGGCUCAGUAAAGUGGUCAACAUCGUCCCGGUCAUCGCCAAGGCAGACACCCUCACCCUGGAGGAGAGAGACUUCUUCAAAAUGAAGAUCAGGGAGGAGCUGAGAGUUAACGGCAUCGAUGUGUACCCUCAGAAGGAGUUCGAUGAGGACGCAGAGGACAGAAUGAUCAAUGAGAAAAUACGGGAAAUGAUCCCGUUCGCUGUUGUGGGGAGCGACCAGGAAUAUCAGGUCAACGGGAGGAGGAUUCUGGGAAGAAAGACAAAAUGGGGCACCAUAGAAGUUGAAAACAUUGGCCACUGUGAGUUUGCCUAUCUGCGGGACCUUCUCAUUAGAACCCACAUGCAGAACAUAAAGGACAUCACCAGCAGCAUCCACUACGAGGUCUACAGGGUGCGGCGCCUGAACGAGAGCAACGCCCAGACCAACGGCGUCCUGGAGCACCACGCGUCCGCCCACGAGAUGUAGACACCUGCCCCCCCUCCCCUGCCCCACCUCCAGCCCCAAACCCCCCACCCCCACCCCGUCACCCUGGCCGGCCUCAGCGAAACGCCCCCAGUGCUAGUCGGGUUCUCACGCCCUCAGCUUGGUCAUGUGACCGCGGCCCGGACCCCGUACCACCACUGGCCCGGUCUGCCUCUUUCGACACGUGCGAACGAGCGAGCGAAUCGUGGGAAUCCACGUUCCUGUCCUGCAUCUUUGGGCGGUCACCCCCAGCAGCCCCCGUAGCCUAGUCUGAGUUGGCUAAGAGGGGCAGAUAGAUUAGGUGUGGGUGGGGUGGGACGGAGAGGGGGGGGGGGAUGAUGUCAUCCCAAUAUCAGGUCCAUUCGCUUGUAGCUGUUAACGCCAGUUUAUUUUUCUUUUCUUUUUUUUAAGCAAAAUGUGCCUCAGCAAGUUUUACCUUCCCUUUUCCUAUGUUUGAUAAUUUAAUUUCUUUUUUUUUUUUUUGAAAGGCCCUUCAGUGUAUCAUUUACAAACUGUCUUGGACUCUUAGUGCUUUCAGUCGCCAAAAAUAAAAGAAAAAGAAAAGAGUCAACAGAGUGCCAGAAUUCUGACCAAUGAAACACUUUGAAGACGAAUCAUUGGAGGCAUUAUAGAUAGAGAGCUGACCUGGGUCAAAUACGUAUUUGUUUUGGAUUCAAAUACUUUUCUACGCUUUACUGAUCGUGUCUGGUGUAUUGGAACCAAUUAAAUAUUGUUAAACAAUACAGACCCCACCUUCUGGUCAUAUUGGCAGUCUCAAUUACACCAGGCAAGAUCAACAGAGCACAGAAAAGGUUUGUUUUUAAAUCCAAAUCAAAUACAUAUUUGAUCCAGGUCUGACAGAGAGCGACUACACAGGGCUACUUACUGUAACUAGGCUCAUAUCUGGCUGAACCAGGAAGCUGACCUGGCAGUGGGCCUAGUUGUUGGGAUAUCACUGUGAAGAUGACAGAGAAGGUCUCUGCAAGGACCAGCAGAAGAACAUUUAAAUAGAACCCCAGGUGGACGGAGUUGAGUUCAGGAAAUGACACACCAGUGCCUGACAGUUAAGGGGAGAAACGCCUACUGUAGUGUGAAGCAGUUUUAAAGUAGUUUUAUCGUUUGGUUAUCUUGUUUGGGUCUUUGUCUCCAUUAAAUUACUACGCCAGCCGUCUGACCACGUCCUUGACAGCUGCUGUGGAGUUGCUGAUAAUUAUUGUGUAAUUAACAUUAACGGUGUUAUAUUAUUACUAUUUUGCUGUUUGUUAAUUGGGGGAGGAGAGAGGUCAGGAGAACAGAAAGUGUUAAUCCUCUCUUCUUGGUGCCUUAUGAAAUACCAAAUAAUUGUCCUUUCAGUCCUGAAGAGUGAUACAUUUAUAUAGAUUGAUUUCAAAGAAAUGUAUUUUACAAAAAACUGCACACACAAAAAUACACACAAACACAGUAGUCAUACUGCAUACUUAAUUCUAUUUUAUUUAUUGCUGCUUGUCCAGAAGUUCAUUGUUUGAAAUAGACGCCCCUGGGCCUUUUUGGGAGUUUUUGAUUUUGAGAGUUGCAGUGCAGGCUAAGUGACUAAGAGUGUUGCUCGGUUCCUCAACAGAACCCUCUCACUAAUGGUGCGGGUUCUGAUCCAAACCCCUCCCCAAGUGCCCUGGUAUGGCAGCAACUCUUGCCAUCCUGCGCGCGAGUAUUUUUUAAUUCCCAGUGAAAUGACAUGCACGUUUGGGGCUUAUUCAGAUAGUGGGGACCUUUUGUGUUUAUGUUUCCAGUGCUGCAUCCGUCAAACAGGGAGUUAACUCGGAACGAUUCGCCGCUAUGUUCCGCCGCUAUGUUUCGCCGCUAUGGUUCGCCAUGGUCCUCGGACGUUUUUUUCUCGGGCGUCCUGCGGGGGUGGAAAAUGCGGGCUCGUCUUCGCUGGGGGUGGUUGCUGGGGUUACGUACCGCAAGCGUGUAAUUUCACACACACACAGUCGCCCUUUCAGUUGCCAUGCCUACCACGUUCUGCAGGUGGAUGUUGGGUUCUGUUUCUGGUUUAAAACUUGUGUGUGUGUGUGUGUGUGUGUGCGUGCGCGUAUGUUCUUUGUGUGCACUUUCAUCGUCUAAUAAUGAGCCGCUUUGCUACCACGGCAGGGGCAGUGGCCCAUUUGGGGACUCUUAUAAAUGCAAACAAACAAACAUUUAAAAAAAAAAAACUUUUCUGAAACUUUGCCGUUUUGCAUUCUCUCCACUUCCGAAUGGCUUCUGUCAUCUCCUACUUCAGGUGGUUGACACACCGGGCCUUGGGGUGCAGCCUCAGGAGAAGUUUUUAUUCCACCCACCCCCCCCCAACUACACAACCGUAUUAAUUAUGAGACUUUAUAACGAACGCAGGUGACCACGCGCUGGAGGUAUUCAGCAUUCCAAUUUUCAAUCUCGGGCUCGGACGUUCAAUAGCGGGAAAAAACUCCAAUCAAGUUUGUUUAGAACGGAAAACUGAACUUUUGUGGUACUGCAGGGUCAGCGUUGCCUUACUUCGCACAUCAAAGCGUUUUCAUUUUGUCUCAGCAAUGGUGCGAAAUGAUGAAGACAUUUUAACUAUAAAGCACUUUCUGCCAAAUGUCUAUAGAUUCAAAGGAACAGGUGAAAAGUCCACGCUAUGCAGAAGAGGCCAUCCGUGUUUUUGUUUUGUUUUUUUGCUUUCCAUUGCAUUUCUGUCUGCGAACAAAAAGAGGAAAAUAAAGAGGAAAAAAGCAUUUGUUCAUCCUGUGAUGUAUAUUCAAUGUGUGCCGAACAAUUUUUUUUGUACUUGUAUGAAAUAUAGCAGAAUUCUCUUUGACAUCACGUUAUAUAAAAGAAAUAAAAAUCUAAAUUUUA